AUGGUAGCAUUGAUGAGGAAAUUAAGUGCAGAAACAACCAGGGAAGACAAGCAAUUAGACAACACUCAACAUAUAGUUAAAAGCAUCAUUAGUUAUGGUUGUGAAGUAGGGCCUUUGAAAGAAAAAAACCUUAAGUUACUCGAAGCAACAGAAAUGGACUUUUGGAGUCGCGUGGCCGGGAAAUCGAAACUGGAUAGAGUAAGAAAUGAAAGAAUUCAGAACAUCAUGGAAGUUAAGCACAGAAUAACAGACGACAUCAAAAUUAACCAACUCAGGUGGUACGGGCACGUACAAAGAAUGGAAGAGAGCAGAAUCCCAAAGAAAAUACUCAAUUGGACACCACAAGGUAAAAGAAAGAGAGGAAGGCCUAGACGGAGUUGGAGAGAAGGAAUAUACGGGGACAUCAGAACAAGAGGAAUAGACGAAAACCUCUGGAAAGACAGAGACCAAUGA